AUGAUUCCAUUACUGUUUAUACUUUCUUCAGGACAAGUCUUUCGCGUAACCAGUCAGGAUAAUAGCAAACCAUAUUAUGGAGUACCACUUGGUGCUGUUCAUUACAGUGAUUGUAAUACACAAGCGGAAGCAUAUGCUGCUAAUGAAUAUACCAUCAUUUUUCAUCAUUUCACACAUCGACCACGUCAACUAGGAUGCACUUCGAUGAUAAUUGGACCACCACGAACGACUGAUCGUCAUACAGUUGAUGGUGGUAUUUUCUUGUCAAUCUCACAACCUAUGGUAUCAUCGAUAUCCAGUGCUAGAAGACGUUUAACUCGUCAAGUUCCCUUUACUAUUUUUGGAAUGCGCAAUUGGCCUGUUGAAUUUGAUCAUCUUGAACUGCGAAAAGAUGGUAAAGAGCCGAUACCAAGCCAGCAAAAAGAUCCGUUUGCGGGGAUUGAAAUUGAUAUGAAUUCAUCGGAGGAUGUUACCCCAAAACCGAAAGAGAUCCAUAUUGAAAGAAUCAGCAGUCCUGAAAUUGCAGAUUCAUCAAAAGCAACAUCAACGACAACCAAUAUCUUUGGUAGCAGUGAAGUAUCGAUAAGAAUUCGCGAUGAAUUUGAACAAUUAAAUCCCAUCACCGAUAGCAUCAUUGCAAAUACAGAUACAACAACUAUGAUUAACAGUAAUUGA